AAACCUACCCUUAGCUUUCCAAAAAUAUUUUUCGUUUAAUUUUACAAAAAUUUUGUUUUCAUUUUUUGUGAAAUGUCCCUUGUGACCCGUUCCCGUUAUCGUCCCAUAACCCGUUUGGGCAAUUGGUUCGAGGACAUCUGCUUGGAGGAGGAUAAAAUCAAGCAAUUCACCCAGAAACGUGACAAUGGCGAGCUGUUGGUGGAGAAGACACGGAAAUUAUUUCAAAAUUUCCACAAAGAAAUCAAUAUGGAGGCACCAGGAGAAACGAUCAGUUUUGGCGGCAUUGUACAGCUUAUGCCGGCUCAGAUGCGCCUGUGUCAAUAUCCCGCCUAUGACAAACAUCUAACGCUAUCCGUUGUCAUUAAUGAGCGAGUGGUGAGGCGUAGCCAAAAAAUGAACGAAGAAUGUGAGCUGACAAUUGCCCCAUCACUGAAGCCGUGUAUUCGUAACUCAUUUCGCAUUAUGGCGCCCAACGAGGCGGAGGAUGGGAACGAGAGUAAACAUGAAAGUGAAAUGGUCUUGAAGUAUGGUCAACCAUUUCGGCUGCAAUGUGUCAAUGAUCCAGAGAAUCCUUUGUUGUUGUACACGGCCCAAAAGUCAUGGGACCUUACCUCCGUUAUAGCCAACUCAUUUGAAUCGAGGAAGUUUGGAGAGAUUAAUUUGACAUUGGGGUUGUGUUCGAAAAAGAAUUGUGGUCCUGGCAAACAAAUUCCCGCAGCCUAUACCAAUUGGUAUUGCCAGCACAUUGAUCCUCAUUUAAGGUUCGAGACGAAUGGCACUCCCUUGCCGAGCAACGAACCCCUCGUCAUAACCCACAUGGCAACCAAUCGCAAUCUGGCCGCUGAAAAUGUAAUGAUUCAGACUCUCUUUGGCCCGGAAUUUCUUGUUUCCGUACAAAAUUAUAAAAACAUUUUCAAACGCGAAACAUGGCAAAAUUUGUGGAUAAUCAGCAAUGGACACCAGUUCAAAUAAAUAUCGUAAAUUUUGUUGAGAAUCUAGAGGCUUAGUCUCGCUGGCAUAAUUAUUAGUCGCCAACAAUCUUUGGAAUAAAUUCCGCUAAAAUUAUAA